AUGAGUCUAAGAUUAGAUCUUUUAAGGUGGGUUAAUGAAAAGUGUCCAUCAAUGAAGGCAAGUAACAUUGAAAGCCUUUCGGAUGGAAGACAUUUCUUAUGUUUGUUAAGAAAAUACUUCCCUGAAAUAGAAGUUCCCUAAUUUAAAAAAAGCUCUUCAAUUGCGUAAAGAAUGGAAUCCUUGAAUCUUGUGAUGGUUUAUUGUCAAAAAUUGGAUGCAUCAUUCAAAUUAAAUAUGCUUAAAAUAGCAAACAAAGAAUCAAUUACAAUUUUAAAUAUGCUUAAAUUUCUUAAAUCAAUUCUAGAUAAAACACCUGCUAAAAUUUCAUUUAUUUAAGAAGAAUUUUAAACUACGUUGAAAGUAAAGGAAAAAGACAAUUGUUAGAUUUGUGAAGAAAUUGUUAUCCCUAAAGUUUAAUAGGCUUAAGAUGAUGAAACUCAAACCCCAGAAAUUUAAGAAGAUUUGAUUCCAUUACAAAAGUUUUAAGCUCAACUUAAAAGGCUAAUGUCAUUCAAAUUGCAACAUCCAUUUUUAGAACUGGAACUACUUAGAUUGCUAGAAAAUGAUUAUGAGGUUGCUGAGAUGAUAUAAUAUUAUUAGUUAGCAGUAUAAAAAAGAAGUAAGAAUUCAAAGCAUACUGAUUAUCAUUCUAUUCAUAGCAGCUAGUUUCAUUAUAAAGGUGAACCAAAUAUAUUGGAUGUAGAUUAUUCAUUCGAUCAACAAUAUGCAAGUAAAAGGAGAAUGGAAUUUGGUAAUUUAUUUUAAGUGAGUGAUGAAAAGUUUAACGUUUGA